UUAUUGAUUCGUUACCUCGCACUAACGUUAGUGCGAGGUAACGAAUCAAUAACCCUUGACUUGUGAAGAUGGUUUGGAAUACCAAUCGCUUUAUUACAACAUGCUGGCUCUGUCUUAAUUGAUAUACCCUAUUAGACGACAUGGGCGAAAUCUUUGAUGAAAUCACUGAUGAAUCACUUUUUGAGACUUUCAAUAGGAUAAAACAAAAAUUCAAGGGACAUGAGGUUAUGAAAGAAGGAUUUUACGAGCUCCGUGAUGCAAUAAAUGACAUCGUAAAAGCUUGCUCCAAGAAUGUGAAGGUUGUGGUCUAUGUAAACGACGUUCUUGAUGAGCCUAUUAUCGUUCAGUCAGGAAGUGGCGAAAACAGACUCAGAAUUACUAUCAAAGGUGGAGGACGAAUCUCCUACAGCUGGACAAAGGAAACUUGUGAGAAGGUGUUCAGAGAUGCUUGGAGUGUAAUAAUUUUCUCCUUCAAAAACUUCUUGGGUUUAUUGCCUCAAUCACAAUACGGAGAUUAUAACUUUUAUCCCAUUUCGAUGUGACCAAAUAUAAUUAAAUGCAAUAAAACUAUGUAGAGUUGAU